UCAUAAAAUACUUCAAUCCAUCUGCACGGUGAAUUUAACGUUUCUUAUUGGUAUGACAUUUGCUACUACCAUAGCUCUACAUAUUAUAUGGUGAUUGACGAUUUUUCAUUCAAAAAAGACGAUAUUGUAGUAUUUUUAGAACGACAUUUUACGAAUUUCUUUACUUUGAAACAAUAUGUGGAUUAUAUAACUCUCAAAUCUCCAUGGAACUCUUUAUCCAGCAAUUUAGAUCUGCUUCCAUCACACGGAAUUGAAGAGUUCAUAGAGUUUCUUCAAUCGACAUUAGUUGGAUUCUAUGACUUUUCUUUUCCUAAGUUUGGUUCUUAUACUCCUCAGUGUUCUCAGUCAGAGUUGGUUUUACAUGUUACACAACAUAUGUUUCAAAAUGAAUCGAAAUACAAUAAUAAUCUUUUGACGAAAGGAUUUAGUACGAAUCAUGAAAGUUUUCAAGCCACCCAUGUUAAUGGCGAGAGAUUGGACUUAGUUUCCACGUUUCCAAAUGGUUCAAUACAUACCUUAACGUCAAAGAAUUGGAAAGUAUUGCUUCAAACAAUUGGUUGUGAUGCGAUGUACCACUUAUUGUACAGGGGAAGCAUAUUUUCAUGUUUGCCAAACCAUAACUAUUUACAAGUAACUGGAGUUCCAAUAUAUGCAUUCAAAAAUAAACUCAACUAUUCUGAAAAGAAAAGGAAACAUGAUAGUUCGAAUCAUCAAAAUGGCAGUCAUAAGAAAAUCCGUAUCGAGAAUCCCUGGAACAAAAUAACUAUAAAAAGAUUUCGAAUAUUUUAUAAGUUUUUCAACAAACAUUUGAAAAAAGAUCGAUUUUUUAAUUGCGGUCAGAUAACUGAAGAAACAACGGUUUGUUGGUUGCAAUGGAUGUUUCCUCAUCAAUUUGGGCUCCCUAGUGUGUUUACGGAGGAAAACUUUGAAAAUAAGGCUUCGUCUCUUUCGUUUGAAAAGCUUGAUAUUCCAAAACGUUUGUUGAAAGCAGCUCCUUUGAUCCGUAACAUUGCUAAAAGCCUUCGGCAGGUAUCAUUGUUACAUAUCUUCAAUUUCUAUUGCCCAAAGAAUGCUAAUACACACCUGCCGAAAUCAGAAAACUCAAAAGUGGUUGCUUACUCUUUAAAAGUAAACCAAGUUUAUGCUUUUUUGAGGUCAGUUAUCUUAAAAGUUUUUCCAAAAGCUGUUUGGGGUACUACUCAUGUUUUCAAUUUAGUUAUGCAAAAACUAAAAACUUUUCUGCAGUUAACAAGGUUUGAAACGAUUACGCUUCAUUUUUUAAUGCAGAAAAUCCCAAUCACUAGCAUUUCUUGGAUACGUUUAGGAGAGAAUGACUCAAAAAAGCUAUGCCUUAGUGAUUAUGAAAAGAGAAAGCAGAUCUUCUCUGAGUUCAUGUAUUGGUUUUUCAACACUUUUGUAGUAUCCUUACUACAAUCAUUCUUCUACUGCACUGAAUCACUUGAAUCCAAAAAUGCGACUUGUUAUUUUAGAAAAGAUGUGUGGACUUCUUUAUCUACACCUUUCCUAAAAAGCGUGAAAGACAGCACUUACGUGCCGAUCGAAAGGCAUGAAUUAUUUAGGGAUCUAGUCUUUCCUCCAGCAACUAUUCGUUUAAUUCCCAAAAGAGAUUCAUUUCGGUUAAUAACAAAUCUCCGUCGUAAACAUCUAAUGAAGAAACCUUUUGAUAACCAUGGAAUUGAACAUUUUAUUAGUACAAACCAGCUGCUACAGCCUUUAGCUUCUGUGCUUAAAUUAUCAAUGUCAAACUACGAGUCCAGAGCAAAUGAACCAUUUUCUUACCGAAAUGUAUUUUCGAAAAUACUUUGCUAUAAGGAGGAACUUCAAAGACAUUCUUGGUAUAAUCGGAAAAAAUAUUUUGUUCGUAUUGAUAUAAAGGGAUGCUAUGACAAUAUUAAACAAGAUUUGAUGAGCCGUAUAACGAAGAUUCAUUUGAAAGAUCCUGAGUAUGUCAUUCGAAAAUACUGUUUGAUUCAUAAGUCUCAAGGUCAGUUGGUCAAACAGUAUGUAAACGAAGCACAAAGUUACUUUGAUCUUACUCCCUUUGAAAGGCUAGUGUCUUCCUUAGCGAAUAGAAUGAAAGAUACACUUUUCAUUGAUAACGUUGAGUACUGGACAAAAACUUUCGAUGAACUUUAUGAUAUCCUUGAGAAGCACAUAUCGCAAAAUAUUGUCAAGAUUGGUCGAAAAUAUUAUCGUCAAACACAGGGGAUCCCUCAGGGGUCCGUUAUAUCAUCAUAUUUAUGCUAUUUUUAUAUGCAAGAGUUGAUUGAAGAUUACCUUCUAUUUACGAAAAGGAAAGGAUCGACACUUAUACGUGUCGUUGAUGAUUUUUUGUUUAUUACAGUUCAUAAGAAAGCAGCGAACCGGUUUCUGAGCAUAUCUUCAAAAGGUUUUACUAAGUACAACUUCAAUACCAGCAAUGGGAAGACACUUAUCAACUUCAAGCCUCCGAGUUCAUUUAAAGAACGUUAUAUAAGGGCAAGCAAUUUGAUUCCGUUUUACGGGUUUUACUUGCAUACAAGGUCUUUGCAUACGGUGUAUUGCUGUUCUACGAAUUUUCAAACUCUUUACGAUGCGUCUACUGUUGAGCUCUGCAGAGGUUUAGGAAAUUCCUUGAUCAAUAAAAUACUUAGAUCUGGAUUUGCUUCGUUCCCAAGUGUUUUUGUUAACGCUCAACAUAAUUCUUGUUUUGUGAUUUUCUCUAAUAUUUAUAAUUUAGCAUUUGGAGUCUCUUUGAGGCUACAAGUUCAUUUGAAGCGUGUAGUUUCUGUGUUUAAUCUCCGACCAUUACUUUUAACUCGGAUGUUGAAUAUGAUGAUUAAAAGGUUAUUCAGGAGAGUCUGCUCAUUAUCGGGUACUCAUAAUAAACGUCCGUUCUUGCUAAAAGAAGUGAAAUGGGCUCUAUUGCAUGGUUUUUUAAAUGCUGUUAAACCGAGUUCGAAAUCAACAAUACUGUAUACAAAGCUUAUGGCUGACUACGAAGAGUUACGUUCACAAGUGGAUUUUUCAAAAAGCUAUUUAAAAUAUCCAUUAUUUUAUGGUCAUUUAUAGCUUCAAAACAAAUAGAAUAUUAAGCAAAUGUCAUAAAAGCUCUCAAAUUGCAGAGUAGCAAGCUAAGAUGAAUUACAUAAAACAACUAUAUUUAGUAGAGAAGAAUAUGCUCAAUAUAUCACAUAUCAUAUCA